UCCGCCCAUCGCGCUGUGACGGCAGCGGAGCGCGCCCGGUGGCGGGACUUGGCGCGAAGGUUUCGGGGCGCGGGGCGGGAGGAAGCCAUGGAGUCGGAGCCGUGCCGAUAGCCACAGCACCGCGGGCAGCAUGGAUAUCCGGAAAUUCUUUGGCGUUGUGCCUCCUGGAAAGAGACAGGAAUGCGAGGCUGUGAAAAAGAGCGAGAAGAUAAAGAACAGGGAAGGAGAAUCGAGUGGGAAGAAGAGAGGAAAGGAAACCAAGGUGAAGAGUCCACCCAGUGAAGAUUCCAAUCGAAAAGCAGGCAUAGCAGAAAAAAAGAAUAAUUCUAUUGAUUCAGAUUCAGAAGAGGAGGUGCCGUCUGUGAAAAAACCCAAGAAGCCAUUAGAGAAGACAGCAGCUGCUCCAAAGCUUGGUAAAGGUCUAAAGCAGCAUCCUGUUGUCUAUGUCUCAGAGACAGAUGAAGAGGAUGACUUUGUCAAUAAGAGGAUUUCCCUGAAACCUAAGGAGAACGGGACAUCAGUAGGAGCAGGAGCAGCUACAGUGAAAAAAGGAGAUGUAAAGCCACAGGCUAAAACCAAACCAUUAUCUCCAGUGAAACUGACUCCCACCUCAGCUCUUGAUUACUUUGGGACAAGAAGUGUCCAGCGAUCAGAAAAGAAACUGGUAGCAAGUAAAAGGAAAGAACCUCCACAAAGCAGAGACAGCACACUGGAUGAUGAGGCCAUUGCUAGGCAACUGCAGCUUGAAGAAGAUUCAGAGCUGGAGAGGCAGCUGCACGAAGAUGAAGAAUUUGCUAGAACUUUGGCAAUGUUGGAUGAAACGCCGCAGAAGAAAAAGGCUCGGAGAGAUUCAGGGGAGCAAACAGUGUUGAGCAUCAAGAGCAGUCCUAAUGUGACAGAAAGAUGCAAACAAUCCCCAAGAGCAAAAGCAACAAACUCGGCAGGUGAAGUAAAAGAACAAACCAAGUCUGAAAAUUCAAAAGAGCCUGAUUUACAUCCACCGUCAUCUGCUGGUAAGAUAGCAAGGGCACUGACGGAGAAAACCUUGCCUUUGAAACCUACUUCAAAGCUUGCGGCUCUCAAACAGAAGGAGGAGACGACUAAAAAGGAAAGUGGUGCUCAAAAUUUACCAUCAAAAGAUAAAAAUGCUGUGGGGAAAGAAGAGAAAAGAACACCCAAGGAGAAAAUUUCUCCCAAGAAGGCUGAGUCUAUAAGUCCUGAGGACUCUGAAAAGAGACGAAACAACUAUCAAGCCUACCGAAGCUUCCUCAAUCGUGAGGGUCCGAAGGCUCUGGGUUCCAAAGAGAUACCUCAAGGAGCUGAAAACUGCUUGGAAGGCCUGACAUUCGUAAUUACAGGAGUUCUGGAGUCCAUUGAAAGAGAUGAGGCCAAGUCUCUGAUUGAACGUUACGGGGGAAAAGUAACUGGCAAUGUCAGCAAGAAGACAAACUAUCUGGUUAUGGGACGAGACUGCGGACAGUCUAAAUGUGAAAAGGCAUCUACUUUAGGGACUAAAAUUAUUGAUGAGGACGGUCUAUUUGAGCUUGUUCGAACUAUGCCAGGCAAGAAGUCCAAGUAUGAGCUGGCAGCUGAAACGGAGGCAAAGAAAACAGAGUCAAGACAUAUAAAGACGCCACAGAAAACUGAGUCUGGCAAAAGGAAUUUUAGUCCUCUCAAAAGGGAAGCUGAUAGGAAGAAAAGUAAUUGUACACCUGAAAAGGGAGGUACCUUCAAACCUGUCAAGAAAGAAGCUGCUGCCAUUCGAAAGCUUAAGGACUUCGAACAUCAAACUGUGGAGAAGAAAGAAGCCCCCAAACCUAAGGGUUCUGAGAGCAGUGAAAAUAGAACAGAGGUGUUACUAUGGGUGGAUAAAUACAAGCCUGCGUCACUUAAGGCGAUAAUUGGACAGCAGGGUGAGCAAAGCUGUGCCAAUAAACUCCUCCGAUGGCUCCGAAGCUGGCACAAGAAUACCUCGGAAGAUGGACAAGCAAAGCCCAACAAAUCUGGAGGCAAAGAUGAUGGUGCUGGUUUUAAAGCAGCAUUACUUUCUGGUCCACCUGGAGUUGGUAAAACUACCACAGCUUCUUUAGUUUGUAAGGAACUGGGGUACAGCUACGUGGAGCUGAAUGCCAGCGACACUCGAAGUAAGAACAGCCUGAAGGAAGUAGUUGCUGAAUCACUGAACAACACCAUCAUCAAAGACUUCUGUUCUGGCACAUCCUCAUCAGUUAGCGGGAAACAUGUAUUGAUCAUGGAUGAAGUGGAUGGUAUGGCAGGCAAUGAAGACAGAGGAGGGAUUCAGGAGCUGAUUGGUCUGAUUAGACACACAAAGAUACCCAUCAUCUGUAUGUGUAACGAUCGGAACCACCCGAAAAUGCGUUCCUUGGUCCACUAUUGUUUUGAUCUUCGUUUUCAGAGGCCUCGUCUAGAACAGAUUAAGGGCGCCAUGAUGUCUAUUGCGUUUAAAGAGGGUUUGAAGAUUCCACCACCUGCUAUGAAUGAGAUAAUCCUGGCAGCAAAUCAAGACAUCAGACAGGUUUUGCAUAACCUCAAUAUGUGGUGUGCAAAAGAUAAAUCAUUGACUUACGAUGAGGCCAAAGCAGACGCCAGCAGAGCCAAAAAGGAUAUCAAACUGGGCCCUUUCGAUGUUGUCCGGAAGGUUUUUGCUGCUGGAGAGGAGGCUUCUCGAAUUCUCUUCUUCCAUGACUAUUCCCUAGCACCCCUAUUUGUCCAGGAGAACUAUGUGCAUGUGAAACCUGCUGCUGCUGGAGGAGAUCUGAAGAAACACUUGAUGCUCUUGAGUAGAGCUGCUGAUAGUAUAUGUGAUGGUGAUCUGGUGGACAAACAGAUUCGUACCAAGCAAAACUGGAACCUUCUACCAACACAGGCUAUUUAUUCAAGUGUUCUUCCUGGGGAGCUGAUGAGAGGUUACAUGUCCCAGUUCCCCGUCUUUCCCAGCUGGCUGGGGAAAUUCUCAUCCACGGGCAAACACGAGCGUAUCAUCCAAGAGCUGGCGAUGCACAUGAGCCUCAGAACCCAGGCGUGCAAGAGGACAGUCAAUGUGGAAUAUUUGUCCCAUCUGCGCGAUGUAUUCAUCCGGCCACUGCGGGACUUUGGAGCAGAUGGUGUACAGGAUGCUGUAGCGUUCCUGGACUCUUACUGCCUGAUGAAAGAAGACAUUGACAACAUAAUGGAAAUAAGUAUGUGGGGAGGGAAACCCAGCCCUUUUUCCAAGCUGGAUCCCAAGGUCAAAGCAGCUUUUACACGGGCCUACAACAAAGAGGCGCAUCUGACUCCAUAUUCCCUUCAUUCUGUGAAGACGUCCAGACGGCAGCCAGGAUCCAUGGGGACCUCUGAGCUGAAUGAAGAACUGGGAGUGGAAGAGCCCCCGUCUGAUGAGGACGAGCAGGAUACUGUUGAAAGCGAUGCCAUGAUCAAGCAAAAAAAGAUGAAGUCUUCCAAGCUGCCAAAAAGAGAGAAAAACGAAGAAACAACAAAAAAAGAAGGUAAAAGAAAAGAGAAAACAAGACAUUAAACAGAAUAACCUUGCUCUGUCUGUAGCUUUGGUUAUUUAACUUGUCAGGAACGUGACACAGAUCUGGUGAUGUGGAACCAGUGUGUUGAAAACGCUCCUCUGACAGAGGUGCCGUAGCUCCCGUUCUCACACUGGGCAGUGCUGCGUUACAGCCGUAACUAGUGCUGUACAACAAGCAGGGUGCAUGGACACGGCGCAGAUGGGAUGCGUGGUUACCUGGUGUUUAUGCACGUCUUCACAUGACUUUUUAAAUAAAUCCUCUGUUAUUAUGUACUGAAAUCUUGUAAAUAGCAAAUCCUAAUCUGCAUAUUUGUACAUUAUAGCAAUUAAGCAGUGUAUAGAAUUACAAUAAAAUGUGUUUCGCGUGAGGUUUUUAUUUUUGCUUAAGCUCACAGGGUGUUCUGUCUUCCUGCAUCUAUCAGGCUCUGUUUUUUUUUCUUAACUGGCCCCACAGCCAUAGAAAAGCAAAGCAGAGCAGAGAGGGAUUUUGUUCCACAAUUUGAAAUGUUUUAAGUUCUAUAGCUGCAAUCAAAGCCAGAACAGAAUACCUAAAAAGUUACAAAGUUUAACAGAAACUGAAGCAAUGGAAGCACAGAGCAGAUGUUGAAUAUGAGAACAUUCAUGGCCUGGUUGGUGCAAAUGAAGUUAAGCAAAACCUGUAUGCGUAAGGGCAAGUAAAUGUUACAUCUGCUCCUCAGCUACCUGAGAGAUCGAGAUGCAGCUUUGUAAGUUAAGUUAAACUCUCCAACACUGAACUUUCCUUGCUGGGAAACACUGCUGCAGCCUUCCCCAAUGAGCCCUGAUAUCUAAUGAAUAAAACAAAAACCCCACACCCUCAGCAACUCAACCCAGAGAGCCCUGCAAAAGCAGGUUCUAACACAUACCUGAACUUAACCAUCCGUGUCAUCUUGUUUGAGGUACUGUGUGCAGUCGUUCAUUUUCUUAAGCUGAGCGGUGUUGAUUCUUUCAGAACACAUUGGGCAGAUGUUUUCAACCUGUAACAUGCUGUUUUAAAGCAAGAGGGGCAACGGGUCAAAGGACGGUUGGGCCUGAGAGUAACAUACACAGUGUAAGAGAGGCUGGAGCAGCAGCUGUUUCUGUCUAGGGGGGGGAAAAGGUGAGUUGUGUGUUUAGUUUUUGUAGCCAUUUGCUAACCCCAGAAGUAAGGCUGCUCUGCUGAGUGGGCAUGAGGAAAAGGCAGCAGACUACAACCAGCACAGAUGGCACUGGAACACAGGGCGUUUCUAAGUGAUGAAUGCUUUGUUAGUCUGCACCCAGUGCCAGGUGCAAACUCCUAUUCCGGUGGCUGCUGUUGGGCUGGUUCAAUUGGAAGUGACACUCUAUAAGUAUGUAUAUUAGAUGGAACGAAUGCUGCAACCCUUCAAUAGAAGAAAAAAUCCCAGCUUACUUCUUGAAUUCUGAAUAGAGGGCUGGAAAGUCACAGUGUGGGCAGACGGUCCAGUCAUCCUGUACCAUGUGUCGGCCCUGCACACAAGAGGAAGCAGUCAUUCAAGGGCAGGCGCUCCCCAAUGCUUCACCUGGCAGUUCAGUUACUGUGGAAAAAGUCUCAGCAAUGGAGUUCUAAAGCUGUUAACGAAUGAAGAAACCCACAUGGUUACAGUGUUACUUUGCUUACCGUGUAAAUUCUGUGACUAGAAGAGAAGCUCUCACUGGGAAAGAAGGUUUUCCCUAUGACGUGUAUUUAUUUUUGUAACUUUAAGAAUGAAAUUAAUUAUCACUUUACAAAUGAUUUCAGUCAGGGCAAUUCUACGCUGCCCCUGUAGGGAAGUGCUUAGAAAGAGAGUGGUGUAAAUGUACUGAGAUUAUUGGUGGUGCGUAAGGUUCAAAAAUGGCAGCGAGGGGCUGCGGCUGUCAGUCAGUCAGUGAACACAGCAGGAGAGCUGAAACAGCUUCUUUUUCUUCUUAUUUGGUUUCUCAUUUGAUUCUGAUGCAGAAAGUUGUUAGGUACCAUGGUCACCAUUGUAAAGCCCAACAGUGCCUUGAUGUGCGUUUAACACAUCAAUGUUGUACAUCAUUGUUAACACAUCUAUGCUGUAACACAUUAGGCAGCAGUGGAUUGUUUUGAUGCUUUCCAAGGGUAUGAUGAGAAAAACGCUGCAGUCCUGGUGAUGUAAGUGAGUGUGAUGGUGUGAAGGAACCAGAGCCAAGAGACAGCUUAAAUACGUGGAACAGAAAUGAAAAGGCAUGCACAUAGAGCACAGUGUUCUGCUAAGCCAGUGGAGAAAAAACAGUUUAAAAAGCUAUUACUAUUUUUUGUAAGAAUGAUCCUUUAGUUUUAAUAUUAAAAUUAAAGCAUGUUCACUAA